AAGGCUCCAACAGACACAAUAAUUGCACUUAACUCUGUAGAUUAUUAUGUAUUUAUUUUUAACGUGUCACAAAAACAAACGUGAACAAAUGACGUCCGUUUAGCUCCGACCUCUUCACAGCCAUUAACACGCGGGGACUCUUUACGUCAGCACGCUACGCGCCAAAUUUGUACAGCGCAGAAAGCGCAAAACAAAAACAGCCGCGGGUCCUGCCCUUUCUAAAGGAAACAGCGCUAAAAGUGGAUUGUUUGGGGCAAACUGCAUCUCCACAGGAUGUCGGAACACUUUGGAUACUCACCCAGCUUCAAGCGGCCUGCGGAAAUUUUGCGAAUGAGGCGCAAAAGAGCCCGAAGCGAAGCCGGGGCCGGGUCCACAGACAGCCCCGAACAAAGCGGCUCAUCUCCGACGUGCGUACGGACUUUCUCCCCCGAACCGCUCUCCGGCGCCCAGAACCAUUUCGGGGUUGGAAUAAAACGCAGGAACCCGUUCGCAAAAAUAGAAAACACUUACAGUCCUAAGAAGAAACGUCUAACUUUUAACGACGCCAGCUGUAACACCGAAAACUCCGAUAGCUCCGGGAUCGCAAACAAUGAGAGAGAUGAAGAAUCAUCGAAGAGAGAAGGCACGCUAGAUCUGGCUCUCAGCUUCAGGCUCGAUGAGGCACAAGAACAGGAAUACCGACAAGCUUCCAGCCAGAAAUCUGGAUCUCUGUCUGAGAGUGAUGUGUUGUUGGAAGAAGAACCGGAGGAUAUUAAAAACCCACUGCUGAAGAGCCCCCAAGCCACUGCUCCCACUGCCGUAGCAGCUCCUGUGUGCACCCAGUAUCCAGCAGACUGGAGCCUAAAGACUCGUCUCCUCCUGACCUCUCCGGUCUCCCUUUCAUGGGCAGAGCAGCUCAAGGCUCAGGAAGAAGCUCAGGGGCUCAGCCAGCACUGCAGGGCACAGUUCAGUCCCCUGCCACACAGUCCACAGGAUCCCAGGUCCUGCUCAGAGCUACGUUGUGCCUUCCAGCAAAGCCUGGUCUACUGGCAGCAUCCCUCCAUACCCUGGCUGUCCCUGUUCCCUAGGAUCAACGCUGAAAGGAGCUUCUUUGGCAAGAGCGCCCCCUGGGCUCAUGAUGCAACGCUACAGCAGAGUCUCAUGACAGAAUGGUCCGUCAGUCUGUCAUCUCUCUACAGUCUAUUAAAGGCUAGACUGUGUCCAUACUUCUACCUCUGUUCCUAUCAGUUCACAGUGUUGUUCCGGGCAGCGGGUCUUGGUGGAUCCAGCAGCAUCACUGCUUUCAUUUCCCCCACAACCAGGGGCCUUAGAGAGGCAAUGAAGGCUGAAGGUAUAGAGUUCAGCCUCCCUCUGCUGGAGGAAGAGAGGAGGUGCAGGGAGGCACAGAAGCCGACCGUUCACCAAGAGGAGGAGCAGAAGGAACAAGAGGUCACGUGCUCCGAGCUGAGAGAUACAGUUGAUGGAGAAGAGCAUGAUGGAGACGACAGAGAUGAAGACAGCACUUUGUCUUGGCUGAAGGAGAUGGGAGUCCAGGACAAAAUCAAGAAGCCAGACCUCCACACCCUACAGCUUCAUAAGGAGGGCCACGUCAUAUCUCUGGACCAUAAGCCUGAGUCUGUGAUAUGUGUGGAAGGACUUCACACUUUCACUCUCAUCAACUUCUUCAUCAAUUGGAAGGGUGUGGUUGCUUCGUCCGGGUCCCAGGCGGGGUUACCGCCCACACUGUUGGCUCCCAGUGCUUUUAGAGGAGCUACAAUGCACACUCUGAAGAGCCGUUGUGUGAAUGUGAGAAGUCAAGUUGGCUCUUCCUACCAGAACAUCAGCAGUCUGGAGAUCACAGGACCUGUCCUCCCCUCGUCUCUCCAUGCUAUCCUAACUUUACUUCGGCCUGCACAGAAAGGAAACUUCUCAGCUGCGCUUUACACACAUACUCCUACCGCGGUUAUGAACAUACACAGCACCAAGCAACAGGUUAGUGAGGCCUCGGUAGAACUGUCCUCUUGUGGUCUCCAUCCUGCUUCCAUCCAGCAGCUGCAGCAGCCUUCCACCCUGGGAAAGACAGCCCUGACACACAUCACCAUGAACAACUACAGCUACACAUGGAAGAACUAAGAGAGUGCUGAGAGUUUACACAACACAAAGAAGUUUGCAUUAAUUUGAGUUAACAGCUGCAAUCCUGAAACUCGGAUCAGAUUCCACUGUGACGCUGUGUGCAUACUGGAAGAGAUUCACAGCUACACGCUGACCAGAAAGUGAAGGGUAUUCCACGACUACAGCGGGCAAAAUAACCACUGGUGAUGUGAAGUAGACGGGAUUCAGAAAAAAAGUUUAUUAAUUUACAGGCGUCAGGUGAAAGCCUGAAGUGCUACCUGUGGGAAUGAAGAAUAUUGUUGAUUUACAGGGUAGUGGUAAAUACAUCACAGGGUCAUCUGGGCAACUGGGGCCUGGAAUGUCAACAAGCGACCAACCACCAGCUUCAAAGCAACAUGUGAUGAGCGAAUCACUUCCGGCAUGUACACCGCUUAAGUGUCUGUUUAUGUUGAGGUUUCUUUUAAGCAAAUUUUAUUGCACUGCACCGGAUGUGACUAUUUAUUAAACUCUAUAUUGCUUAAUUACUUUUAAUCUUUCUUCUCAUACAAGAUUUAUCAACGACAAAUGCCGGAAUGUUUUCAGGUACUGGAAUGCUGAUGAAAUAAAUUGUUAAAGUUA